AUUAAUUUUUGCAGCAUAACAACGUAAGUAUUUUUUUUUAUUAUAGCUAUCAUCUAUAUUUGAUGCUUAUUUAUUUAAUAGCAUUUUUAUAAAUCUUAAAUUAUAUAAUCUUUUUAUGAAUCUUCUUCUUAUUAUAAAAUCUUGUACCCAAUGUUUAAAGCGUCUAUGUUAAAGUUUAGAACGUUUCAUGCUAUCGGUUCUGAUAUAGCAUCUAAUGAUUUACCCCAACCUCAACCAACUAGAGAUGAAGAAUAUGAUGCAUCUUCAGAACAAACUGAAGAUGGUGAAUCUUAUAGUGAUGAUGAAUCGACUUUAAAUGACCGUAGUAAUGAUGGGACUUUAGAUGGACAAUUACAAGACUUUGUUGAUGAUAGACAUUUUGAAGAUGAUGAUGAAGAUGAUUUUUCAUUUAUUGAAAAUGCAUCAAUGAUAUUAUACAAAAAUGAAGAUGAAUCAAGUUAUGAACUGUAUGAUGAUGAUGAUGAUGAACCAUUUGGUCAAUUAUUUGAAUAUUUAUUAUCUGAGAUUGAUUUUGGUCUUGCUAAUAAUAGGUCAACUUCAUUAAUUCGUUAUUUAAGAACCAAACCAAUGGUUAGACCUAAAACUGUUGAACAACUUAAUUAUUUCACUCCAAAAUUAACUAAAGCAACUAACCAUACUAAAUCACCCUUAGUUAAAAAACAUCGUAAAAUGACUAAAGAAGAAAAAUUAAAAUCAGGUCAUUUUAUACGAAAAUCAGAUCUUGAUAUUAGAUUUAAUCAAUUAAAUAUUUCCAGAACAUUUGAUAAUAAUAAAUUAUUACCUUCAAGUUCUCAUUUUAGUUAUAAAAUUGAUAAAUUAAUCUUACAAAAAUAAGAACAAUCUUACAAUAAAAUAAAAAUUAAAGUAUUAAAAAAAAAGACUUCAUUUUCUUAAAAUAAUUACAUGAAGAAUUAAAAAUAUAUUCCAUUAAUUAAUAAAUACAUAUAUAAAAUGUCGUAAAGAAGAUAACGUAGUAGCGAG